GCCUGACAAUGUCCUUCACCUUGUAACAACGUGAGGCUUUUGGACGAGAACCGACAGAUCGAUUAAGAUUAAAGUGAAAUCAUGUCGUACAAAACUCUACCGCUUCUUUUCAUUAACCUUGGUGGGGAAAUGAUUUAUAUUUUGGAUCAAAGACUUAGAGCUCAAAAUAUUCCUAACGAAAAAUCAAGAAAAGUUCUACAUGACAUCAUAUCCACAAUGUUCCAUAAGAGGUUUAUGGAAGAGUUGUUCAAACCUCAGCCUCUUUACUCCAAGAAAGCCAUGAGGACGGUGUUUGACAGAUUAGCUCAUGCCUCAAUAAUGAGGCUCAACGCUCCUAGUAUGGACAAGUUAUAUGAUCUGAUGACAAUGGCCUUCAAAUACCAAGUGUCACUGUGUCUGCGACCAAAAGAAAUCAUUCUGAUCACCCUGAAUCACAUGGAUGCCAUCCGUGCCUUUGUGGAGGGCCAGCCAAACAUCAAACAACAGGUGGACCAUGUGUACAGGCUGCUUAUACAGACAUUUGGAUCCCUUUCCAAUGGAGAAUUUCAGCUUAUACGACAGACACUGCUUAAUUUUUUCCAGGAUAUGCAUAUUAGAGUUUCCAUCUUUCUGAAGGACAAGGUACAGAACAGCAAUGGUCGCUUUGUUCUUCCCACAGGAGGUGCUGUGCCUUAUGGAGCAGAAGUUCCGGGAACCAUUAAGCUGUUCAAUGCCAGUGGUGCUGAGGUCAAAACCUCCUCCUUCAACCCUGGGGGUAGCUACCAGCCUCCCCAGGGGGACGGGUCUCUGGACAUUGUGGGGAACCGAAUCACAACCCUAGGAACCAAUAUGUACAUGCACGCCUAUGGCCAGCAGUACUCUGUGUCAAGGCCAGUAGAAACCAGUGGAUCCCAUCGUAUUUCGAAAUCAGCUCCAACUGUAUCAGAUAUUGAUUCCGCCACUCCAGACCCUAUGGCCAAAGCUCAGUUAGAUCUUCUCUGUCAACUCAUCGGAAGCUCCGCACCUAAAUCAGAAAUCCGUCUUAACCUGUUUAAAACCGACGAAGAGGAAGAACAAGCAUCUGUGGCGACCAUUCAACCUGUGGAACAUGCCCAAUCAAAAGUUGUCAACAUUGAUCUCAAGGGUGAAGGUGGAAAUAAAAACAAGAAUGAUGAAUUGAGUAGAAUAGCUGGAGAGCUUUCAAUUCAAGGAGAUCAGAAUGAGGCUGAGGAUGACCUUUUGAACUUAAUGGACAGUGCCUGAUGGGAGGAAUAUUGCAUUAUGGGGAAAAUGGAGUGGCCUGCUGGACCAGACCUCUGCAAUAUCUUUGUCUCAGUGAUAUUUUUGUUUGUGGUUCAUUGUCACGAAUUAAGGAAUGAAAGCAACAUUUUUUUUGGUGGUAAUUUUUGGUCACAAAAUUUGAUUUUAUUUAUUAUUAUAAACCAGUCACCUUCAGUGUGAAUUCAGUUGAAUUGUUGGGAUUUUCCACUUCUGAUGAGUUAAACAAGAGUGAUUUUCAUUUAUUUUUUUAAGAAUAUUUUUGUAGAAUUGAAUCUAUGAAUUCUUAAUUGCAUGUUAAUACAGUUACCACUACUAUUGUUUCAUUAAAUCUUGGUUAUUGUUUAGAAUUGUGAAUGGAGCUAUUAUAGCUAAACCCUUAUUUUUACUUAAUACAGUCAAUUUUUUUGUAUGCAUCUGAUACAUGUAUAUACAUGUAUGGGUACAUGUUCAUACAACACAGUAUUGAAAAGAAGAAGUACACAUGGUUAUAUUUUCACAAGAACUGUGGGCUAUAAUGUGCUAUUGCAUGGCGCAUCUAAUGUAUUCUAACAAAUUGCACAGGGAAAUCUAUGUACUCUUUAGUGAACCAGAAUUCAUUUGGUUGAUGUAAAGUUUGUCCAUAUGUUGUGUAUUUGGUCCUGUCCUAGGCAUGUGUUUACUUUCCAUGUGAAAUCCAUUAAUUGUUUUGCAUUUAAGUGGUACAUGUAAUUUAUUUGCAGAUGAAAAUACUUAAAUCUUCAAACUCUUGUCGUCUUAUGUUUAUAUCUCGAGGACAAAAAAUCCUGUGUAUUGUGUAUUGCCAAAUAUUAUGUAUAGGUUAAAAAAGUGUGUUAGUUGAUUAUGCAGUCAACAGAUUUACAGAAAUUAAUAGAGAGAGACACCUAGCUGCAUAUUUUGUUGACAUAGACACAUAUAGAUAUUAGGUAUUAUAUGGUACGUCAUGUUACAGCACUCAAUUGUUUGCUAAAAAUGUACAUACUGAGUGCUAAAACGUUUGAAACUGUGAUAAAGACGUGCAUUUAGAUUGUACAAUAUAGGUCAUUUUUAUACAUGUAUAAAUGAGAGUAGCAAAUCACUCGUUGUCAGAAAAUAUUCGUGUUAACAUAUACAGAACAUGUGUCAUGUUGAUAUAUUGAUACACAUUUUACCUUUCAGUUGGAGCAUGACUAUUAGAGCGAUAGGAUAUAUAUAAUUUUAGGUCAUUUUAUUUUUAGCUGAUAUAUUCCAGAAUGACAGACAUUAAAAUUUCAUUUUUAAGUCUAGAGGAGUAGAUUUUCUCUUUUUUUCACGUCGACUAUGGUAUGCAUAUACCAGUUCAUUAUUAUUCAAGUGUAGUGGUAGAGAUAUGUUCAUUAUGUAUGUAUAAUAGUUUUAUAACAACUGAACAUCAUAUCGGUGAGUGUGAAAGAUUUAAGAAAGGCGCGAGCGAUAUAUAUAUGAUUAUAUUUUCCACGAAAUAUACAAAAGAUAAGCCGUCCAAACAUAAUUUACAUGUUAUCAUACACCUGUUGUCAUGAUAAAAACUUCUGUUUUCUUCGCUUUGUUGUGUUAUGAAUCUCUGACUUGAAGUUAUAUAUUCAUCCUAAAUGCUAUGUCACCUUGUUUUAUUUUGUGUCAAGAGUUGUGAUAUGGUCACUUUACCUGUUUAUUGUCAAUAAAAGAUAUUUUAUUCUA